AUGGACCCUGUGAGCCAGCUGGCCUCGGCGGGUACCUUUAGGGCAUUGAAGGAACCCCUUGCCUUCCUGCGAGCCCUGGAGUUGCUUUUUGCAAUCUUUGCAUUUGCAACAUGUGGCGGCUAUUCAGGAGGCCUGCGGCUGAGUGUGGACUGCGUCAACAAGACAGAAAGUAACCUCAGCAUUGACAUAGCCUUUGCCUACCCGUUCAGGUUGCACCAGGUGACCUUUGAGGUACCCACCUGUGAGGGGAAGGAGCGGCAGAAGCUGGCACUGGUUGGCGACUCCUCGUCCUCGGCAGAGUUCUUCGUCACCGUGGCUGUCUUCGCAUUUCUCUACUCUCUGGCUGCCACUGUUGUGUACAUUUUCUUCCAGAACAAGUACCGGGAAAACAACCGGGGCCCACUCAUUGAUUUUAUCGUCACUGUCGUCUUUUCAUUCUUGUGGUUGGUUGGUUCCUCUGCUUGGGCAAAAGGACUGUCUGAUGUCAAAGUGGCAACUGAUCCAAAUGAAGUCUUGUUACUGAUGUCAGCUUGCAAGCAGUCCUACAACAAAUGCUUGGCUGUCCACAGCCCUGUCAUGUCCAGCUUAAACACAUCCGUGGUCUUUGGGUUUUUGAACUUUAUCCUCUGGGCUGGCAACAUUUGGUUUGUUUUCAAGGAGACCGGCUGGCAUUCCUCGGGACAGAGAUACCUUUCUGACCCCAUGGAGAAGCACUCUAGCAGCUAUAAUCAAGGCGGGUACAACCAAGACAGCUAUGGGUCAAGUGGUGGCUAUAGCCAGCAGGCAAGUUUGGGGCCAUCUUCCGAUGAGUUUGGCCAACAGCCCAGUGGCCCCACUUCCUUUAACAAUCAGAUAUAG